UAACGGGAGGGUAUAUAACGCUGAGAGCUGGGCAGUCGGGCACAUUCGAGGCAGGACAGCUCCAGAGUGUCACCAUGAAGUUUUUGGUCUUAGCGGCGAUCCUCGCCGCGGCGACCGCGUCGGCGAUCAAGGAUGAGCACACCGUGCUUAUUGGCAAAGACACGCUUGUAAACGUGGACAUCAAGACCAAGGAGAUUCUCUGCAUGAAGCUCCUGAACUUCAUCCUGCAGCCGACCGUGUACGACGACAUCCGCGAUGUGGCCCGCGACUGGGAUCUGGAAGCCAACAUGGACAAAUACCUGAAAGUCGACGUCGUGAAUAAGUUCAUCGAUCAUUAUAAGAUGGGCUUCCUUCCCCGCGGCGAAGUGUUCGUACACACCAACCAAAAGCAGAUGGACGAAGCCAUUUGGGUGUUCCGCCUGAUGUACUUCGCCAAGGACUUCGACACCUUCAUCAGAACCGCCUGUUUCCUGCGCGAGCGCAUCAACGGGGGCAUGUUCGUGUACGCUUUCUCCACCGCCGUGUUCCACAGGGAGGAUUGCCGAGGAGUGGUCUUGCCCGCUCCGUACGAAAUCUACCCCUACUUCUUCGUCGACAGCGACAUCAUCAGCAAAGCUUUCAUGCUCAAGAUGACCAAAGCCGCCACCGAUCCCGUCAUUUUCGACUACUGGGGCAUCAAAGUCACCGACAAGAACUUGGUCGUCAUCGACUGGCGUAAGGGAGUGCGUCACACUCUGAGCGAGCACGACCGCCUCUCCUACUUCACCGAGGAUAUCGACGUGAACACCUUCUACUACUACCUGCACAUGAACUACCCGUACUGGAUGGUCGACGACGUCUACGGCUUGAACAAGGAGCGCCGCGGGGAAGUCACCAUGUACGCGAACCAGCAGCUGCUCGCGAGAUACAGGCUCGAGCGUCUGUCUCACGGCAUGUGCGACAUCAAGAUGAUCAUGUGGAAUGAACCCCUCAAGACUGGCUACUGGCCCAAGAUCCGCCUGCACAAUGGCGAAGAGAUGCCCGUCCGUAGCAACAAUGUGCUCCUGCUUAACAAGGAAAACCUCAAAUUAAAACUAGCCGCAGACGACAUCGAGAGAUACAUCCGUGAUGGUAUCAUAAACGGACGCAUCACACGUCGCGAUGGUACCACCAUCACCCUGAGGAAGACUGAGGACUUCGAGUACCUCGCCAGGAUGCUGCUCGGAGGUCUGGGUCACAUGAACGAUGAUGCCAAGGUGUUCCACAUUGUCCACUUGUUCAGAAAGCUUGUGUCCUAUGGAAAUUACAACUUCAACAAGUACACAUAUAUUCCAACUGCAUUGGAUAUGUACUCGACCUGCCUGCGCGACCCGCUUUUCUGGAGAAUCAUGAAGCGCAUCACUGAAAACGCUGUUCUCUUCAAGAAAUACCUGCCUAAAUACACCAGGGAUGAGUUUGACUUCCCAGGAGUCAAAGUCGAACGUAUCGUCACAGACAAAUUGGUUACCUUCAUGGAUGACUACGAUGUUGACAUCACCAAUGCUCUAUACCUGGACCGCAAUGAAAUGCAAAAGAAGAAGUCUGAUUUCACAUACGUAGCAAGGAUGCAACGUCUCAACACCCAACCCUUCAAGGUCACCGUCGAAAUCUUGUCUGAAAAGGCGGUCGACGCUGUCGUCAGAAUAUUCUACGGACCCAAGUACGACUGUAUGGGACGUCUGCUCAACUUCAACGACAAGCGUUUGGACAUGAUCGAAAUCGACAGCUUCAUGUACAAACUGGACACUGGCAAGAACACUAUCGUCCGUAAAUCUACUGAGAUGCAUGACGUUAUCGGCGACAGGCCAUGGACCCGUCGUUUUAUGGACAGCAGUGUUGAGAGCACUAUUGGCGUGGACCGCGUCGUGGAGAGCUACUGGUACAAGGCUCGCCUGGGAAUCCCGCACAGACUGCUCCUGCCGCUCGGUCGCUACGACGGCUUGCCCAUGCAGUUCUUCGUCAUCGUCAGCCCUGUCCGCACCGGGCUGGUGCUGCCCUCGGUCGACAUCAACAUCAUGAAGGAUCGCCACACUUGCCGCUGGACGAGCUGCUACGACACGAUGCCGCUCGGGUUCCCCUUCGACAGGGACAUCGACAUGACACGCUUCUUCACCAACAACAUGAAGUGGGUGGACGUCCUGGUUUACAGGAAGGAUCUCGCCACCUCUAACAACGUGAAGAACAUCGACACCUCCGACAUGGUGAUGAAACGCGACGACAUGACCUAUUUGGACAACGACAUGUUGGUCAGAUGGUCCUACAGAGACGUCAUGAUGAUGAGCUACGAUAAGAUGAUGCGUCUUUAAACUCCCAUUAUUUAUAAACAUAUUUAUAACGUAACAUACAAUAAAUAGCAUCAAAUACAAAGUUA